UGUUGAGGCUUAUUUGCUAGUUGCUUGUUGCCUCCUACCGCCAGCAGUUCCUGCGUGCCCCCGUUUUCUGCGUCUCCCGCGCAUUUUCGAGCGCGGAAUACGAUCUUCUUUCCUUGUAUUCGUGUCGAAGCUCCGAUGAAGACUGCCGCUUUCAAGCAUACCGAGGCAUCGGAGAAUCCAGCGUCGACAAGCGAAGCUCAACACUCAUAGAAUGGAAGGGCUAUCUGGAGCGAUGGUCGCACUAGUAUUGGCUGAAUUCUCGGCUGCCAAGAUUCGCCCUUUCCUUCGCUUCCCAGGUUUUGUUCGACUUCCAGAAGAGCUCAGGCUUCGGGUCGCCUCACAAUGUGCUGCAAUACCGAUGCAUCGUCUCGUUUCAGCAAAGGGUGCUUAAUUCAGACAACGUCAAGUGAGCGCAAGUUUUGUCCAGAACUCGCUAUCAAGGACACUCUUCUCUGGAGGAUGACAGGCCGAGGUACCAGACCUCCGAACCCACCUCAGGAUCAGGUUGCGGCCAUUGUGCAGUUCACUGCGGUGAAGGUUCCUGUAGCUCCGAAGAUGUUGGUACUGCAGCAUAGCUCCGUAGCAGUGGGGCUCGAACUAAUAUACAUUGCGUUCAGUACUCGAGCCUCGACGACGCGCAGAAGAACGACGUACCAACUCACGGCCGCCUGGGCGAUAACAAUUCUUGGCAAGCUACAGCUAAACCCGACCAGUUUGGAGGGGUCGAGCGGUCCUGCGUCGACGUUCAAAGCAGCAUUGUUGGCGUUGGCGACGCUCUCGCAACAUUGGACGAGUUGGUUGUAGCCGGAGCACCGCUGUGUAGGGGUCACCGCUACUGUGAAUGCCAUAAUGGUCAGAAGGAGGAGAGAGCGCAGGG